AUGGCGAUUGGCGGCAUGCUCAACGCCAACCCACUCGCGACGAGGUCCACGUCUGCGGUUGUGAAGGCCGGCGAUCUAAAACUUCUGACCUACAACUCCGGUCCGCUGCAGGACCUGAUCUUGUCCGCAAGGCAUCGGCUACAGAACCUAAUGGUGGUCUCGUUUUACGAGACGGAGCCGACGCCACCUCUCAACUCUUUGGAGAGUGUCCCAAGCUCUUCGGAGGAUUGCUUCAAGGGCACGCGAUGUGACGCAAAGACCGAGAAGGGUCAGCACGCAUUCGUCGAACAUGAGACUUGGUUCGACAAGACGGAGAAUGCUCUCCUAUGGUUGAUUGGCCACCCGGGAUGCGGCAAAACAAUAACGUCCUUGUCGCUGGCUAACCAUCUCGAGCACCGCCAGAAGCCGCCAGACAGGCCCGCCACAGUCCUCCUAUAUUUCUGCGACGACAAAGUCAACAGGCAAAAAGACGCCAUAGGUGUCCUCACAGGCUUGAUUCUUCAAAUCCUUCAUCGCCACCGGUCGAUGAUUCGCUAUGUGCGGAAGGUCCACAAGUAUGUGAAGGUUCUCUUGACCAGUCGACCUGUUCUGGGGGAAUUACAUCCCAGCGAUGCUCCUCCUGGAUGUCAGCUUUCUAUUGAUGAAAAUCAACCUGGGUACAGUGAAGAUUUGCAGACUUAUAUUCGCCAUAGAGUGGACGAUUUAUCUCGCAGACGCGACUGGGCUCCCGACAUAAAAGCCUUUCUCCUCGACGCCCUCUGCUCCAACGCCAAUCAAACUUUUCUCUGGAUCCACACUGUUAUUGAGUCCCUAGAAAAUACCCUUCUCGCAUCAAUCCAAGACUUGCGGGACAUUAUCAGUACCGUUCCCCCGGACCUUGAAGCGAUAUAUAUGGACUUCGUAACGGGCAUCUCGCCUAACUAUCAGGCGGUGGCAUCAAAACUCUUGAAGCUGCUAUUAGCCAGCGAAAGACCUCUCCAACUGGACGAGAUCAAUAUUAGUUUUACGAUAAGUUCGCACCACGACAACGCGGAAGAUGUUGCUCGCGCCUGUCAGACUUCCAUCAGGCAUACCCUGCAGGGGAUCCUGGGUCCGUUCAUACGGAUAUCGGAGUCAACGGUGUCUCUAGUGCAUCAAUCUGUAAAGGAUUUUCUUCUUCGUGAUAGGUAUCAUGGCGAGAAAUUCCCAGCUAUGCUUUCGAUUAGCGAGGGGGAGGCCGCCCUGGAGAUGGCGUCGGCUUGCAUCCGGUACCUACAGCUCGAUGACUUCUCCACGGAUAUCUCCGCCUCAACGGACGUCGAGUCCAGCUCGGAAGUCUCUGGGGCAGAUUGUGAAUCUCCGACAACUGAUCUCAUUGGUGGGUUGUGGGAUGAGGAAGAGCAGGCUCUCGGCAUGGGCAAACUCUUCCGAGAAUCUGGUUUCGCAGAUCCCGAAACCUGGCAGACUCUCGAAACCAAGUACAAAUUCUAUGACUACGCGGCGCUGAACUGGACCAAACAUUUUGCCCUUUGUGAAGCAUCCGCCUCAUCUCAAUUGAGAGAAGCCGCCACGGCUCUCAUCGACGUUGAGAACUGGAACUGCUACAACUGGUUACAGCGCUACUGGGCUGAUCCAAGCACCCAUGGGGAUAGCAACCCCGCUGACUUCCACCCUAUUGUCGCCGCCGCGUACUUCGGCCUCCCCGAGACGGUGGUAGGCUUGCUUGAGAGUAUCGACCGUACUGAUCCUACCCUCGACCGGGCUCUCUUCUUCGCGUCACAGCAAGGCCACCUCCGGGUCGUUUCGGCACUGCUCCAGGCUGGGGCGGAUCCUAAUGCUGAAAGUCGCGAGUCCCAGAGGGCCCUUGCAGCAGCUGCUGAACAUGGCCACCUGGGUUGUGUCAUUGCCUUGGUAACAGAUGACCGAACAGAUCUAAACGGACGGGGCGGUAAAUUUGGGAGAACCGCGUUAUCGUACGCCUGUUCCAAUGGACACCGCGAAAUCGUCAAAGAGCUUCUGACAAGGGCCGAAUGCCGGGUUGACCAAGCUGACUAUAAAGGCUUGACUCCUUUCAUACAUGCUGUCAAGGGUGGUUACCUAUCUAUCGCUAGAACGCUGGCAAGGCGUCCAGACGUUGAUAUUAAUCACCGCGACAAGGAAGGACGCACGGCCCUGUCGUGGGCCGCGGAAUAUGGGAUGGAUGAGGUUGUCAAGUGCCUCCUCAACAUGCGCCGUAUAGAUCCUAAUGUUGCAGACGAGAAUCGCAAGUCUCCCCUCUCCUGGGCGGCCGGCAAUGGCCGCGCCGAAACUGUUGACAUCCUCAUGCGGAACAAACGAAUCAACAAGGCUAGUAUUGACAAAAACAAACGUGGAGCCAUAUCAUGGGCUUGUGCGGGCGGGCACCCAAAUGCCUUGCGGGUCCUUCUUAAGCACGAGUGUCCGGGUGUCGAUGAUAGGGAUGUUGACGGCUGGACACCCCUGGCCUGGGCUGUCCAGCAGGAUCGUUCUGAUGUCGUUGAAGCGCUCCUCGCAACUGGGAAGGUGGAUAUUGAGGGGCGUGAUGAUUCCGGCUUGACUGCGCUAUUCUGGGCGGCGGGGUACGGGCAUCUUCCAGUCGUGAGAGCACUCCUGCGGGAGGGAGCCAACCCUAGGGCUAUGAAUCAUGCUGGCAAGAUGCUAAUAGAGGUCGCAUCUUCCCUUCCAAAUGUUCGCCGGGAGAUAUUGGACGAGUUGAACAGGCACAUUGAAGAGAUGGCCCCUACUGGGUCGUCGUGA